GCUGGGCUGGGAGCAGGUAACCCUCCGGGAGCGCUGCUGCUGCUGUUGCUGCUAGGAGGGGGUGCUGGGCUAGAGGCGGCCGAGUAGGGCCGCCCGUUCCAAGCCCAGCUCCUGAGGGGCCCUUGGAGUGAGCCGGCGACCAGAUCCACUUUCCUUUGCCACCUUCCCAGUCUCCUGCAUCAUACGCCCUGGCGGAGUGAAUGCCUGCAUGACCGUGGGAGAGAAAGCAUGGCCGGACACCCCUACAUCUUGCUGCCAAUAAAGGCCAUCUUCCUGUUGUCCAGAUCUUGUUGAAGGCAGGCUGUGACCUGGAUGUCCAGGAUGAUAUUUUGUACUUUAAAGUAUUGUUAAAGACCAAGAAUUAGUGGAAGAAUGACCUCCAGUGGCCUGGAGUGGGAUUAUUAUGAAUUUCAACCUGUGGAAACCAGUUCUUUAGAGUAUGCAACACCAGGAGCUAAUUCUCUCUUGCUUCCUGCCAAUCCUGCCAAAUCAUAUUGGAGCUCUAACGAAGUCUCCGAUUGGUCCAUGAGCAUUCAUACGGCACACACCUCAGAAAUAGUCCAGGACAGAGCGGCCACGGUGAAAGGCAUCAAGGAAGAGAAAAAUAAGAAAACCCAGAGGAGAAAGGCUAGGAAGGAACCUAGAAGAUCAGAGAGAGAGAAGGAGGGGGAUCAGACUGCACUGCACCGAGCUUCUGUUGUAGGGAACACCGAGGUCAUAGCCGCUCUCAUUCAAGAGGGGUGUGCUUUGGACAGACAAGACAAGGAUGGGAAUACCGCUCUUCAUGAAGCCUCCUGGCAUGGCUUCAGCCAGUCUGCCAAGCUUCUCGUUAAAGCGGGAGCCAACGUGCUUGCCAGGAACAAGGCAGGGAACACCGCUCUGCACUUGGCUUGUCAAAACAGUCAUCCCCAGAGUACCCGGGUUCUUUUGCUGGGAGGAUCUCGACCUGACCUCAAAAAUAAUGCAGGAGAUACCUGUUUGCACGUUGCUGCUCGCUAUAAUCACUUGUCCAUCAUUAGGGUUCUCCUCAGUGCUUUCUGUUCUGUCCAUGAAAAGAACCAGGUCGGGGACACAGCUCUUCACAUUGCUGCUGCACUAAAUCAUAAAAAAGUGGCUAAAAUUUUACUGGAAGCAGGUGCUGAUGGGACAAUUGUUAACAAUGCUGGUCAGACUCCACUAGAGACGGCCCGGCACCACAAUAAUCCUGAAGUAGCUCUUCUCCUCACUAAAGCACCACAAGUCUUGCGCUUCAGUCGUGGGAGAAGCCUAAGAAAAAAGAGAGAGAGGCUCAAGGAGGAGAGGAGAGCUCAGUCUGUGCCACGAGAUGAGGUGGCCCAGAGCAAGGGAAGUGUCUCAGCAGCAGAUACUCCCAGCAGUGAGCAAGUCACACAGAAGAAAGAAGAAGCCAAAGAAGAAUUCCACUCAGCAUCUCCAGAGCCCCGGACAAAGAAUAACCGAAAGAAAAAGCCAAAACAAAAGGUAUCUGCAUUCUCUGACCCCACCUCACCAGCAGACCAGCAGACCAUUCCUGGGCACCAGAAGAACUCACAUAAUCACCCCAAAAAGAGGAAUAAGCACCGUUGCUCCUCUCCGCCCCCUCCUCAUGAGUUCAGAGCAUACCAGCUAUACACUUUGUACCGUGGAAAGGAUGGAAAAGUUAUGCAGGCACCAAUAAAUGGAUGUCGUUGUGAGCCAUUGAUUAAUAAACUGGAGAAUCAGCUGGAAGCAACGGUUGAGGAGAUAAAGGCAGAGUUUGGAACUGUGCAGGAUAAGAUGAACACAAAACUGGGCCAGAUGGAGACUAAGACCCAACAUCAAAUCCGUGUUCUGGAUAAGUUGAUGACUGAGCGGUUAUCUGCAGAGAGAUCAGAGUGUCUGAACCGGCUACAGCAACAUACUGAGCUAGAGAAGCAUGAGGGAGAGAAACGACAGGUGUCCCUGGUGGAUGAAUUGAAAACAUGGUGUAUGUUAAAGAUUCAGAAUCUGGAGCUGAAACUUUCCGGAGAUUCUAGAGCCUCUAGGCCCAAAUCAACUCCAUCCACUUCUGAAUCCCUCACAGGUGCAGACCAAUCGGUGGUUACUACCACCAGUCCAGCCACUGCUUCUGCUAACCCUCCUCAGGUUGUCAGGCCCAAGGAAAAAGCACUUAUUAGUUCUACUGUUUCCAACAGACUCCAGCAGGAGCCAUCAUCAUUAGACUGUGGGAGCUCGAAACUGAGACACGUUAAGGUACAGACAGCUCUGUUGCCCUUGACUGAAGCAACUAAAUGUGAGCACCAGACUGGUCACUGCCUCGACAAAGGCACUCAAACGAAGAAGUCUGGGAAAAGUGGGCAGACAAGGCAUAGGCCCCAGCAACAUGCAUCUACACAUGUCUCUGGCAGUACAUGUACCCAGCAGCAAGCAGCAGACCACCAGGCUGGCCCUCCCAUUCGAGACACAUCCCAAGCUCUAGAAAUUACCCAGUAUUUUUUUGAGACUGUAUCUACACAAAUGGAAAAGUGGUAUGAGAGGAAGAUUGAGGAAGCCCAGUGCCAAGCCAAUCAGAAAGCUCAGCAAGAUAAGGCUACACUAAAAGAACACAUUAAGAGUUUAGAAGAGGAACUCAGUAAGCUGAGGACUAAAGUACGAAAGGAAAGUUAGCACCCAAGCACCAAGUUGGUAAGAGUACUUUGCAGGACUUCUGGUUUUGCUAUGAACAGCAAUACCUGGGAUAGAAGUGUUCAUCCUGGUGCACAAAGACAUGCCUUUAAAUACAAAUGUACACACACAACACUUAUUUUCUGAAAUGUGAUAGUCAUGUGACUCUUGUGCCCUGAAUUCUGAUUGUUGAAGUUCUCAUGUCUGACACCAGAGGAAGUAGUGUCAAGAUUCAUCACAAACCCCAAAAUCAGUUCAGGUUCUUGGGAAGUUCCUAGUCUUAGAUUGAGUGGGCCAGGCUAGGAAGAUGGUGAAACUGUGGGAUAUAUAUUAACGGUUUCUAGCUGUAGCCUAAUAUUUAGGAGGUAUGAAAUAUGUGCAUCAAAGACCAAAAGAAAAGCCCUUUGUGAAUUCAAGCUAACUGGUUCCACAUUUCUGUUCAAACUCACCUGCUGUGCCUCAACAAUGAUAGAUCUCUGAAUGAUCUGUGACUUUGAGAUGAACUGAACUUUACCUGUCAAGUUUGCCAUUUUUAUAAGUCUGACAAAGAAGCCUAGGAAAAAAGAUUUCGGGGGUAAUGAAAUUUUCUGAUUUUCAUGCAGUACCCUGACAAAACUGUAAUCCAAAAAUCAUUGAAAAGAAGAUUCUAAAACCCAUUGUAAUAAAGUGGGCCAUGAUAGUACAAGUGUGUUUAAAUAAAUUAUUUGUGAUAUAGUUAAUGGGAGUGGUUAUAAUUAGCAGAGUUGGAAAUGCUUGCUAAGAUUAGAGAUUCUAAUGAACUUUUGUUCACAAUUACAUGUUUGGGGACCAGUUUUCGUUGGCCAAUCUUAGAAUUAUUAUAAAACAAACUAAUCAACUUUAACCUUUCAGUUCCCCACAGUUCCUGUGAGCAAUUUAAAGUCAAAAUCAAAUCAUCUGAAAUCCUUUCUGAAUUUGAGCUUAUGGUACUGAGGAGUACCAUGGAGAAAUGGAGAUAAUUUAGAUUGUUUCUUUCUUUAAAGAACCUCAAAGCAUCUCUACUAAUAUGAUCUAAUGAUGGCAAAUUGGAUAAUUGAAUCAGUAGACCCCAUCCCUCCAUUUUCUAAUUCAGUAUGGCAUUGAGGCAUUUUUCUUUUCUUUUUUUUUUCAUGAAAAGAUAAACACUUUGGAAAUGUAGUUUUUGCAUUGAAAUCUUUAGGAGGUACAAAAUUGACCACUUUGGGAGGAGUUUAAGCAGAGGUUGGAUGAAGACUUGUCAGGAAUGUCAUAGAAAGGGAUUCCUUCCUAUUCAGAUCCAUCGAGCUUUGAGAUGUUCUAAUUCACCAAUUAACCUUGCCCUUCAAAUUUCUGGUCUUUUGGAGCAUAACAGAAAUAUGCAUCUGCUAAAAUUCUUAGUCUAAGAAUUUCUUGAGUAUAUUCUUCAUGUAAACAAAUAUUCAGAAUUCCAUUAUUAAUUGUCCUUUCCUUAUACAAAAACAGCAGCAUCAUUAAACCAGAUACAAAAGAACUAACUUUAGACAGCAAACACAUCCAAAAGUCCCCCCAAACACCAAAUCACAAUUAACUGUAGUCUAUUAGCUAUUGACCUAUCAAAUUUGCAUUUUGGAGUAGUGUUAAAUUAAGAUGUGGUAGUUCCCAAUAGACUAACCCAGUGUAAUGAAUUUCACGAUUCUGUAACUUGUUAAACUGAUGAUUUAAUAUUAUCCCAAAUCAGCAUUUACCAAUUUUUAGUUCCUCGUCCUUAAAACUAUAUUGCUUAUGAGCUGUGCAGCCUUCCAUUCAUUUCAUCUCUUUAGAGUUCACUAGUAACUCCAGGGGCUGCCAGUUUCCUCUGUCUUGCUCCUGAAGCAAAAUCAUAGCUCAUGGAACUUUAGAGUCUGGAAGGGACUUGAGAGAUCAUCUAAUGCAACCCUGGGAGAGAGAAAUGUAACCCUAAGACCAUUCCUUAAUUCAAUCCAAUUGGUAUAUAUUGAGUACCUAGAACUAAAAAUGAUUCUGAACACUAAUUCUCUGCCCUUGUUUAAUAACAUACCAAAUCACUAGUUUGAUUUCAGAGGUGUCAUUAAAUCUCAAACUCAAUUUAAUUCAAAGAAUACAAACAUGGUAUGUAAUACUCUUCUUUUAAUGACCUAGUAGGGUGGGAAAUACUGGUUUGCUUAAAGCCAGCCAACCAACAAUCUUUAGGCAGAUAAUUAUCUCAUUGCUACAUUACCAUCUUGAUAAACUAUGGAGUGAAGCAGAGGUAGAAAGCCUUGGAUCUGUCUACUGACCCAAAGCUACUGUCUUUCAACCUUUUUAAACUUGUGCUCAGUAGACUAAGUAGACAAGUAGAAAUGUAAUAGCUUCCCGAUUACAAAACCUGGAUUUUUCUACACUUUACCCUGUACCCUGAUGACUAGCUUUAGUCAGAAUUUUAGUUGUCUUAUUCGGAAUUAUCAAAAAUAGGUUCCAAAUCUGUAAUUUUUCUUGAAGGGGUUUCUUUUGCCCCUACAAGUAUAAUUUCAUAACUGUACUUCUAAGGAAUUGAAUUAUCAGCAAAUGGAGAAAUAGUAUAUAAACAAUAUGUGUCAAAGUUAGGGAUAAGUCUCUGUAGGUUGAUAGGAAAUUUGCUGAUAUGCAGAAUUUGGUUUUCUGGCCAUUUUUUUUUUAGGAAUGCCAAUAUUCUGUAUAAUAAGGUGGUAGCUAUAAGCAAAAUAUGCUAUCUAGCAUUAUUGUGAAAAUUCCUUUUAGUGCAUUAUCGAGUACACUAAUGUCUGUAUUACAUAUUAGUUCUAACCUUUUAAUAAAGGAUUAGGUAUUUAUAUGUUUUUUAAGUCAAAUGUUCAAGUACUGUAGAAUUACAGUAAAAAGGUAUGUUGUCUUCCAUUUAAUUUCAAAACUCAAUCUGAAUUAGUUUAUAAGUAAUUAAAUAUUAUUCAGAAUGGUUACUGAUUUCUAUUUCUUUAUAUUUGAAAAUGUGACUUAAAGGGGUUUCCCAAAAUAUUUUACAAUUAGCCUACAUAUGUCUGUGCAUGUGUCCCUAAGAGUAUAGUGGUCCACCAACAAAACAGCUUUUGGCAUAGAGUGAAUGGAUCUGCUAUUGAGCAGAAAGCAAGCUUGCUGCAUUGAAUGGAAUUACUAUGAAAGACAAAAUUAUUUAAUGGCAUCAGUGAUAACAUGAGUAAACUGAAAGUAGAAUGUGCCUUUUUGACUCCUUUGCCAGUCAACAAUGAGAGAAGAUGAUUACAUUCUCACAUAAACAGCAAAAUACCAUGGACAGUUUUUGUUUAAAAUUUGGGUAGAGGUGCAGUUAAUUUAGUUCCUAUAAAACUUGUAUUGACUGUGGAGGGUAAAAUAUUAAAGAAACUUUUAAAAUAACAAUCAAAAGUUAAAGAAAAUAGGACUAUUUCAAAAGAAUAAAGAAAUUCACAUAAAAUUUUUAGAUUAAACUUUAUUCAUGGAAAAUUACAUUUACUUUUCCUAUAAGUUAAAGAAAUAUGUUAUUAUCUAAGCUAAUAAAACACAGAAGCAGGAAAAUGCAUAGGACUUGACAAAAAUAAGAAGAAAUCAGUUAUUUGCUACUCUUGGCAUGCAAGGAAUCCUAAAAUGAAUUAAUGAAAUUUUGCCUUCCAAUGGCAUGAUAGUUAUUAUGCAAUAACACUUAAAAGAACAACUAUCUUUAUUGUACUGUUUCACUGUAAUGAUCACUAUCUAUACUUUAAGAUGCAUGUAUAGGGAAUGGGGGUACCUACUAAGCUUUGGAUAGCUUCAACACAUUAUUCUUUGAGUAACCAUUCCUAACUAAUGAGUGAUGGCUUUUUUCCAUGUCCCUUAUCAUUAGUUAUGCAUCAUAAAUGAUGACUAAAUGAGUCUGAUUGGGCUGAUACGCUUUAAUUUUUGUCCUUGGCAUUGUUUCACCAAUUGGUCACACAGAUUCAGAGCUAGAAAGGAUCUCAAAGCUCAAAGGGGUUAUGACUUGCCCAAGUUCACAUAAUAUAAUCAGAAUGUGAACUCAAGUCUUCCAAGUCCAAAUCCAUUGGUCUUACUGCUAUUUACUACAAUUUCUUUCACUACUGCAAUCCAUGAAAAAAAGAAAAAUAUGAAAUAAUACGUGGUCCUUUAUGCCUCUCCCAGUCUACCUUAACAGUGGUGGGAUAGCAAAAGAAAAGGGGACAAAGGAUGCUAAAAAUUAUGAGUUUCUAGAUAGUUUAAAAAAUGUUAACUGUUGGGGGAAGCUGAGUGGCUCAGUGGAUUGAGAGCCAGGCCCAGAGACAGGAGUUCCUAUGUUCAAAUCUGACCUCAGCUGCUUCCGAGCUAUGUGACCCUGGGCAAGUCAUUUAACCCCCCUUGCCUAGACCUUAUCGCUAUUCUGCCUUGGAAUCAAUACGUAGUAUUGAUUCUAAGGUGGAAGGUUAACGGUUUAAAAAAAACAAAAGCAAAAAAAUAAAAUAGAAAAUAGAAAAACAAAAGCAAAACCUGAAUAGAUGUCCUUUUUUGGUUCCAUUGAAAAAGUAUAGACUUGGUUAAAUAGUUCAUCUAAAAAGAAUUUGAGGUUUUUAGUGGUCUAAAAACUUGACAAUUAUUGACUCUCAAGUAUGAUGUGGCAGCCCAAAAGAAUCCAUGUGGGCUACAUUGAGAAGUGGUGUUUGGCCAGUGGUGUUUGGCCCUAGUUAGAACACAUCUGGACCUAGAGUAUUGGGCUGAGUUUAAGGAUGAAAUUGUUAAGUUGAAGAGAGUCCAGAGGGCAAUUAGGAUGAUAAAGGGCCUGGAGUUCAUGAUCAUAAAGAUCAGCUGAAGGAACGUGGGAUGUUUAUCUUACACAAGAUUGCACCAGGGACAUGAGAGUACAUAUCAUAUGGAAAAGGAAUUAGAUGUUUUUAGACUCAAAAAAGUUGAAAGACCAUUAUUUCUCAGGUAGAAUAUCCAUUUGUCACUUCGCUAGGAUCAUAUUGUUAUGGUACCAAAGCCAAAUUAUGGUUUAACCUUAACACCCUGUCAAAUACAACCAGUUGUUGCUGUCUGUGAACUUUAGAUUUACUCCACUCUGCUUAGUCUAAGAAAACAGGAAUGUCUACACCCCUACUUAAGUAUUAAGUGUUGAGAAGGAUGGCCUAUGAUAGACAUGUGCUAGCAAAUGACAAAUCAAAAACAACUGACAGACCCCUGGGCUGUCCUAAAUCAAGCUUAAGCUACCAUUGGUACAUGUGAGACUCGGGAAAGUGAUGUAAAAACUGUCUAUAUAUUUCACGUCACUUCCUCUCAGCCUCUUUUCAUGGAGAGGUAGCUCUGGCAGCAGUGUGCUGAGCAUCUUGGCAUCUUGGCAUGGCAGAAGCUAUUGUCCAGGUUUGGAGGCAAGAGGCCUUGAUACACUACUGGGGAAGCUCAGUAACCUAGUUCAGGUGAGGCAUCUUCUCUGAGCUCUCUUGGAGUUUAGGCUGAUUCUUUCCUCCUUUACCUUCCAAAACACUAUCCUCUUAGGAAAGCCUCUAAUCUUCUGAAGAGACCUCAUGGAGGAGGUCUUUGCAGGAGAAAUUCUAUAUUCCUUCCCUCUAUAUUAAUUAAACCACCAAAAAAUUUCCAAACUGACUUGAAUAUUUUAUUUGGGAUUUUUCCUGAUGACCAAUUAAAUUUAGAUUAAGUCACAACCCUAAAAUUUUCCCUUAUUGUCACCAUUUUUAGAAUUUUCCUUAAUAUCACUUUAAGAAAGUGUAUUGGGGGCAGCUGGGCAGCUCAUUGGAUUGAGAGCCAGGCCUAGAGAUGGGAGCCCAUCCUAGGUUCAAAUUUGGCCUCAGACACUUUCUAGCUGCGUGACCCUGGUCAAGUCACUUAACCCCCAUUGCCUAGCCCUUCUGCCUUAGCACCAAUACAUGGUAGUGAUUCUGAUGGAAGGUAAGGGUUUAAAAAAAAGUGCAUCAAUCCUAGACUUCUGGAAGCAGCUGUCAAGUAGUUUACUUUAAUUCAAGACAAAAUAAAACAAUCCAAAUAUCUAUUUUUCAACUCAUAGUAACUAUUUAAAUUCUUUUUUAAUCUGAACCUAAUACCAAAAAAGGAGAAUGUUUCCUUAUACAAAGUGGUAUAGAAAGAGAAUUGUGUGAAACAAUAAAUCUGUAUUAUAUAAAGCUCACUUUUUAAUUAGUUAUAAUAAACUCAACAUUAUUUUUAAA